GGGACGUUGCUACGGGAGCGGCGGAGUGACGUGAAGGGCGGAAGCGGCGCCGGGCGCCAUGGGGGCUUCCAGCAGCCUGCUGCCACGGGAGGCGCUGGGGGAGUACCAGGAGCUGACAUUCCUGAACAAGCAGGAGAUCCUGCUUGCCUACAAGAGGUUCAGUGAGCUGCUGCCAAAGGAGCAGAGGGAGAACGCCUGCUCUGUGCGCGUUCCCAAGAGCCAGAUCCUCACGCUGCCGGAGCUGCGGGCAAACCCCUUUCAGCACCGGAUCUGCCGUGUGUUCUCCACCUCAGUGGAUGGGGACGACAGCCUGUCCUUUGAAGACUUCCUCGACAUGCUGAGCGCCUUCAGUGAUGCUGCCACCUCAGAUAUCAAAUCCAACUACGCCUUCCGCAUCUUUGACUUUGAUGAAGAUGGGGUCCUGGACAGAAAGGAUUUGGAGAAGCUGGUGAACUGCCUGACAGGGCAAGGCGAGGAGACACGGUUGAGUAGCACUGAGAUGGAGCAGCUCAUCCGUAAUGUCCUGGAGGAGUCUGACAUUGACAAGGAUGGCACCAUCAACCUCUCUGAGUUCCAGCAUGUCAUCUCCCGCUCCCCAGACUUUGUCAGCUCCUUCAAGAUUGUCCUGUGAGGGCCUUGUGGUUCUCCUGCAGAUCUGCUUCUCCAGCUGCUGCAGCCCUUUGUUAUCUCAGAUGUUCCCUCUUCUUCUGAGGAGAGCAGCUCAGGCCCUGCUCCUUCCCAGCCUGGCAGUGCUGCACCGUGCUGCGCCGUGCUGCAGGGCAGGACUCUGCUCCCCCAGUGCCUGGUGGGCUUGGUUACAGGUGUCCAGACAGCCCCAUGAGGAUCCACCACAGACAGCAGCUCGGCUGUCCCAGCAGCAUGUUUUUAUUCCACACAAGCACAGCUCUGUGGUGGAUUGGGGCAGGCACAGAAGGUGCCACAGUGCAUCAAGCACAGCCCCUCUCACCACCCACAGUACCAUAUGUGCCUUCUGCUGCUCUUCCAUAGGGCCUUUCUGCACCCUGGGGGGCAGUCUCUCGAAGCAAUAACCCAAUUGCACUCUGGAUGUGCCAUGCCGGCAGUGCUGUCCCUUUGCUGCCCUGGGGCACGGGGGCUGCACUCCUUGCUUCAGCACCAAUACACUCAGGGUCUGUUCUCAUUUUCCAGUUCUUUCCUCUCUGCCUUAGGCUUGUGCUCAGCCAGUGCUUUGCCUGGUGCAGGCAGGGCCUGGCCCCUUCCUUUGUACGCUGGAGAGGACAAAUAAAGGGCUCUGGUUUCACCCCCAACCUG